UUUGAGGUCACACUGUUUUCAACAAAAGCCGGAACAAAAACGAAAUUGGGAAGAAUUCGGAAAAUAUUGGCAAAAUACACGCAAUGGACUCGGACGCCGCCCAAAAAACCUGGGAACUGGAGAACAACAUCCAGACUCUGCCCAGCUGUGACGAAAUUUUCCGCUAUGACGCCGAGCAGCAGCGCCAAAUCAUUGACGCCAAGCCCUGGGAGAAGGAUCCGCACUUCUUCAAAGACAUCAAGAUCUCGGCCCUGGCGCUGCUCAAAAUGGUCAUGCACGCCCGUUCUGGUGGCACCCUGGAGGUGAUGGGUCUAAUGCUGGGCAAGGUGGAGGACAACACAAUGAUUGUCAUGGACGCAUUUGCGCUGCCGGUGGAGGGAACCGAGACCCGCGUCAAUGCCCAGGCCCAGGCCUAUGAGUACAUGACCGCUUACAUGGAGGCCGCCAAGGAGGUGGGCCGUAUGGAGCAUGCCGUUGGUUGGUACCACAGCCAUCCCGGCUACGGCUGUUGGCUGUCCGGAAUCGAUGUGUCCACACAGAUGUUAAAUCAGACGUACCAGGAGCCCUUCGUGGCUAUUGUGGUAGACCCGGUGCGCACUGUUUCCGCUGGCAAGGUGUGCCUUGGCGCUUUCCGCACGUAUCCGAAGGGCUACAAGCCGCCAAACGAGGAGCCCUCAGAGUACCAGACUAUCCCACUAAACAAAAUUGAAGAUUUUGGCGUCCAUUGCAAGCAGUACUAUCCGCUGGACAUUAGCUACUUCAAGUCGGCCCUCGACCGCAAGCUGCUUGACUCGCUGUGGAAUAAAUACUGGGUAAACACACUGGGCAGCUCGGGGCUGCUGACAAACACGGAGUACACCACUGGCCAGAUUAUGGACCUCUCUGAGAAGCUUGAGCAGAGUGAGAACUUUUUAGGUCGCGGUACCGAUGUCAAUGAGAAGCGCUCCGAGGACAAGCUUUCGAAGGCCACGCGAGACUGCAGCCGCUCAACCAUUGAACUGAUACACGGCCUCAUGGCCCAGAUCGUCAAAGAUAAGCUCUUUAACAAAGUCGGGCUGGGAAAAUAGAUUAAGACGGUAAUUCUUUCACUUAGUUUCCAUAUACGUCUACUGUAUCUAAUAAUAAUGCACUGAGCGGAUUUUCUAUGUGAUGAUGA